AUAGAAAGCAACCUCAGAAAAAGCUGACACAUACCACAGAACGCCAUACCACAAAACACGUGACUGCCCCUUUUCCUCUCCGCCCCCUGGGGAGCGCAGCGGGGGGAAAGCGCAGAAAGAGAAGGAAACGAAGAAACGGAAACGAAACGGAAACGGAGACAGUCCGCAUUUCGAUGAUUUCAGAUUUCGGAUUUAUUCAUACACCGUCCCGGCCAAUUAUACCCAUGGCUACUCAGGAACUGCUCCGCCACCGCUUGGCAGUCAGUGCAAUUGUUCCCCUUCAGCCAACUCUCCUCAUUCCUCCUUUCCCACUAGUGACCUUUGUCAAGGCCUGGUCAUAACAAUCUCAAAGCGCACGCAGCCUCCUAUUGACUCAGAAAGAAAAUCAGACAAAUUGCCUAGGUUGAGACCUUCCGGCACUGGCGUUGAAUUAUUCCCAAUCAACCUCUCAGGGUGCUAUUCUCGCUACUCUCUUUCUCGCCUCAGUCUCUACAGCCCUCCAACAUAACGGUGCGAAAAGACAUUCCAUCCUUUAUGUUCGAAUGUGGUGGUCGAUUAUUGGCAUCGGCGGGUCCUGUUUUGUGUCAUGCACCGAUAAGCUGACAGUACUCAAAAGCUACGAAGUAUGGGAGGAUGGUGAACUACGUGCCAGCAUUCCAGAACCAUGUGAAGAAGCCCUGGUCAGAGGAGAGACAGUAUACAAGCGUCUUGGGAAACACCCACAAAUCUUGCAAUGCUUUGGUCUCCGAGAAAUUCAUCCUGGGAUACACGCGCUGCACUUAGAGCUGGCCCCUUGGAGAAAUGUGCGAGAGUUCAUUACAAGAAACCCAGUACCGUCUGAAGAUAUUCGUCUCCAGAUGACUCUUGAUAUUGCGUUGGGUCUCAGUUAUGUCCAUUCAAAAAAGGUGCAACAUUCGGAUCUGAGCUGUCGGAAUCUCUUUCUUUUCCCUGAUUUCCAUGUCAAAAUUGGGGACUUUGGCGGAUCACACAUUGAGGGUUACCAAUUCGACAUGACAGUCUAUGAGGAAAUUCGGUAUGAAUUACCUUCCCGAGGGAGGGCUUUCCAAGAUCGGCCAAUAAUAAAAAGAGAGCUUUUUGCGUUAGGAUCAGCUGUUUAUGAGGUAAUGUCAUGGGCAAUGCCCUUUGAGAAGUUGGAGGACGAUGAAGUAGAGGCAAGAUAUGCCCGAGAGGAAUUUCCUUCGCUCCAUAAUAUUACCAUUGGUCCAAUUAUCGAAAACUGUUGGAAAGAAACAUAUGAAGAUGCAGGUAUGGUUGUUGAAGCUUUACAAGAGCAUAUGAGAAAUAGAUGUUCUCCAGAAGACACUUGAAGGAUAUUGAUAAUCCAUGAAUCUCCCCUUCAACUAAGCCACAACAUGUGUAUGUCC